AUGCUAAUCAAAGAUCGCACCUUCAUCGUCUCCGGUGGUUCCAGCGGGCUUGGUCUGGCGACCGUCAUCACACUCGUACAGAAUGGUGCCAAUGUCUCCAUUCUUGAUCUCAACCCUCCCCCUUCCGAAGCCACUUCCCCAUUCGACUCGUCACGCAUCCUCUUCACAAAGACCGACGUCUCCUCUUCUUCCUCUCUCCAAGCUGCUGUCAAAUCCACUUUAAGAUGGAUCCUCGAGUCCACUUCAAAGCCCCUUGCUGGCACGAUCUGCUCCGCCGGUAUUGGUACCGCAGCCUUGAGUUUACCAAGACAACCCCCGAAUGUCACACACGAAACAGUCAAGUACAUGGACAUGGCACAGUUUGACAGAACCCUAGCCAUCAAUCUAAGAGGCACCGUUGAUCUCAUCCGCUUGACCCUGCCACAUCUCUCUUUAAAUGAACCCUGGGGCGAAGAUGGAGAGCGAGGCGUCAUUAUAGUCGUCUCUUCCGUUGCCGCCUUCGAAGGUCAAGUCGGUCAGCUAGCUUACUCCGCCAGCAAAGGUGCCGUCCGUAGCAUUGUCUUACCGCUGGCACGAGAAUUGGGCCAAAAAGCAGGCAUCCGAGUCCUGGGCAUCGCACCCGGUGCAUUCCAAACCGGAAUGACCAUUCCCAAACCACCACCGCCGCCGAAGAAUGGGGGUUCCUCGGCCCCAAAGCCAAAGGAAAGUACUGGUGGCCGUGCCGCCAUCAAUUCGGAAAUGCUCCAAUAUCCCAAACGUAUGGGUAAGGCCGAAGAGUUUGCCCGAUUGAUUCGAGACAUGGUGGAAAACCCCAUGUUGAACGGUGAAGUCGUUAGACUAGAUGGCGCAGUCAGGAUGCCAACCAGGUUGUGA